AUGGCGUCCCCUCCAGUAUCCGAUGGUUUCCCGGAGCCUCCUCCCUUCCCUACACCACCACCAGGCUUCAGUCAUCCUCAUAGAGAGCAGCUACCAGAAGAGACCGAGCUGCAGCGUCGGAAACGACAAGCUCUCCAAAGGAUGUCUGCGCUUGCUCCUCCUCCUCCUGCUGCCGAGAGGAGUAUCGAACGGUGUUCAUCCCCUGACUCUGGGUAUGGUCCUGCGCCCGAUCCCGAAGAUAAGGGUAGUCAUGGUAUUGCUAGGCUAUCGUUCAUACGAACUAAAACUGAAUGA